AAGACAGUCACAGUUGACAGGGAAGUGAAUCAUAAUCUACACAAGAUGGCGGAUAAAUAUAGACAGGCGCUGGGUCAGAUUAUCAGAGAGCCGGGUAAUGGAGUUUGUGCAGAUUGUGGAACAGAACAUCCGUCAUGGGCAUCAUCCACAAUCGGGAUCUUCCUGUGUCAGGACUGUGCUGGGAUGCACCGGGCACUCAACAGCAUCAGCCGAGUCAAGUCCGUCACCCUCGACAACUGGGACUCUGACCAAGUGGAGCUGAUGCAGGGGAUUGGCAACAGCAGGGCUAAGGAGAGGUAUGAAAUGAACGUUCCUCCGUUCUACAGACGGCCACAGAAGGAGAGUGUGGAAGUGUUGAAGAAGGAAUGGAUAUUUGCCAAAUACCAGCGCCUGGAAUUCACAGAUGCAGACAAGCAGGACGCUUACAAUUGUGCAAAGAAAGAAGGACUCUUGUUAAAACUUGGUCGUGAUAGAAAACUCUUCCAACAAAGGAAAUUUGUUCUUUCAAGACCAGAAAACAAACUUCAGUAUUUUGUGAUAGAAGACUCCAGCAAAAAACCUAGACCCAAGGCAGAGAUAGACCUAGAUGAGGUCAACGCAGUGUUUGUACCUGAGAAGAUCGGUCACCCCUAUGGCAUGCAGAUCACCUUCUACAAGGAUGGCUCAACCAGAAGCUUAUUUGUACAUUCAGAAAGCUCCAAAGACAUUGUUGACUGGUAUCAUGCUAUCCGCGCAGCCAAGCUGGAACGCAGGAGGAUAGCAUUCCCAGACAGAGAUCUCGACACAUUGGCAGAGGACUUGACACGUGACUUCAUGUUAGAGGGAUGGCUGUACAAGAUGGGACCACGCAAUGAACCUUUCAAGAGGCGGUGGUUCACACUAGACAAGCGCAAACUCAUGUAUUAUGAAGACCCACUGAAUGCUUUUCCUAAAGGAGAGAUUUUCAUUGGUCAUCGUGACGCAGGGUACCAUGUGACUACUGGGACUACGGAGGACAAGCCAACAGGGGGCAGUCCAUUCUGCUUCACACUACACACGCCAGACAGGAAGUUUGUGUUGAAGGCCGAGUCUAAAGAAGAGAUGGACAAAUGGGUUGACAUGCUCAAUAAAGUGAUCGACAUGCCCCUUACCCCCCAGGACAGUAAACUUGCUGCCAUUCUUGUUCCAAAGAAGUCCAACUCCAUUCGGCUUAUUAAGCGGUAGAAGCCUGAGUUUUGUUACUAUUUAUCAUCAUAUCGAAGUCAAGACAUUGAGGUCAACAACCACUAAUGUGUGGAGUGAUCUCCCUUGACAGGUUGGGCAACAUGGACAGCAUGGUAACAAAUAGGAGCAAAUGUUGCCAUGAUAAACAUGUCUGAAGUAAGAAAUUGUGACCGUGAUGGUGGUAUUUUGAUAAAGUGUCCAGAAUUUGGGUGGCAUAUACAGAAGGAGAUUACUUAUUUACAGUUGGUGUGAAGAGGUGGUGGAUGUGAGAUGUGGAUAAACAAAACUUACUAUAUUUAUGCAUUGUGUUAUUGUGUAGAUACAUAUAACAAUUACUUGCUAAUGUUGGAAAUGCAUGUUAAAUGUCACAGUUAAUUCUGUACAUCUGAGGAGAGAGGCUUACAGGGUCUUGGCACAUUCUUAGAAUUUAGAUGGCUAUGGAUUUGUAAGAACCAUACUGUCUACAUACAACAUGUAUUUUCCAGUAUUUUGUUAUGACUGUGUUAUUUCACAUUAUCAUGGUAGGCAAUAACAAAGGUGAUUUUCAGGUCACAAGGCUUUAACUCCAUUUUUUCUCUGUAGGCAGAAAAUAUAUUAAAACAAGGAGAGAAAACUGUUUGCUCCCCAAUCAAUCUGGACAACUAGUAACAAGUCCUGAUGUUCACCAAAAGGAAACUAAAAUUAUUGAUCACCCUGAAUUGUUUACAUUAUUUAAGUGAACAUAUUUCUAAAAUGAUAUGUCCUUACAGUGUAAAAAUAUAAUCUGAAAUCUGUGUGAUUGGAAUAUGUCAUUCUUGUAUAUAUAAAUUAAUGUUUCUCCUGUAUAUAUGUGAGUAUUUGAUGUAGUCAUGAAGUUCUUGUAUUGCCUGGUUUACAAUGUCUGCUUAAGACCAAUGCUACAGAUAGAAAUAUGUCCUUCCUCGGAGUUAGAAAUGAGACAAAACUUACUAAUAUUAUACUUAGGUGGGUUUACUCAAUAGAAUUCAUUAGCAAGUACAUCACACCCAGUAUCAGAUACACCUUAUACCAUGUAGACUGUCAAGUGGCCAGUCUUUCAGUUUAAUGUCACUAAAUCACACUGGAAUCAAAGAUAACUUGAUGACUAUCUGAGUGAGGCACUAUCAGAGGAACCUGUAUAAAGGAAGUGUAAUCACCGGGACAAAUGUUUUGUAAAUGUCUUGUUCAUGUACUUUUCAAAACCAAUGCAAUGUGUUGUGUUUCCAAGAUUUGCUAUUCAUAAUUCCAAUGGUGCCAUAUUUAUUAUCACAUCUAUAUCCCUUUCAGUGUUUGUGACAUUUUGACUCUUUGUACAAUACUCAAGGGCCUAGCUUGAAUGUUGAGCAGGAAUAGCAAAGCCAAGGACAGCACAGAUAUGGUUCCAUUUGCAGACCAAUCCUGACGUGCUGAGUUUCCGUUAGGGUCAGUGUGGAGAGACCCAGAAGGGCUCCCAACAACAUUGGAGGAAAAAACUGUCAGUAUUUAAACAUAGGUACUUUUCAUUAAAUAUAAGUUGCUUUGCCACCACAGAGUUGAUUAAAUGGCCAUAGGGAAGAUUAACAAAACUACCUCCUUCGAACUCCUGGCUCCAUCUUCCAACACAUGAUAACCACACUUCAGUUAUUCAGACGUAACAUUUUGCUGUAGUUGGACAGUCCGUAUUCUAGACAGAGGAACAGUGUGGCACAUCAGCCUGGAUAACAAUGCUGUCAGGAAAUGUAUGGGAAGUUGGUUGUUUUUCUCCAAUGUUUGUGAUGAAGAUAGGCGGGUCAGGCUAGGUCCUUUGGCUGAUGUUAGUACGGCAGUAGUGGUUGUGAGUUGAUUGUUAAUGUGUCUACCUUAUUAACCUCCUUACAUAUCGGACCCUCCAUACUGUGGUUCUCUAGUCUAUUGGUAGACAGUAUGAAUAUGACACAACAUCAAAUCCUAAAAUUCUGACAGGCCAUUGUUGUCUUAUUUUAAAGAUGAGCAUGUCCUAAAUGUGAACAGGUUUCUAAAGGUUCCUUUACCAUGUUUACACACCAGUAAAUGAAUGUGGCACUUCAGGCCUGUCCUGUGUUGAGUACCGGCUACAUUAAUGAACAUUGAUAAUUCUAGCAACUCGCCUGAAUAAGACUACAUAUAGACUAACUGUCCCAAUUAAGAGAAAGUCGUUCUGAAAGGUAACCUUUCAUACAUCGGGCAGCGGUGUGUACAGAUGUAGGUUUAUGUUGAGACAGGUUCCCUAAAAUAAUUAAAAUGAUUUUCGGUAGUGUCCUGUCAUUUGCAGAGUUGCCAUUUUUUAAUUCAAAUUUACAAAUUACUCAUUGCUGAAAUCUUGAAGGUCCAGAGCACUGUUCUGUUGUGUGAUGUUCUAUUCUCAAACAACACAUCACUUGAUCUCUGCUCACAGACUUCAAGUGAAUGGGGGAAAUAUUUCUUUCUGAUCAGUUACUUUAGUGACCAUGACUCAUCUUGUGUUUGUGUCAGGCCAAUCAGAGUUCUUGUUUCUUGGGCUUGGAGAUAACCACAACUUUUACAAAAGUGUUUAGCUGACAAUGUUCUUAUUUCAAACAUCUUUUUGUUAUAUUUUUAAAACCUAGUCCAAGAAUGUUUGGAGACAAUUAAUCUUAAAUCCACCCUGGAAUUUCUGUAAACCAACACAUCAAAUUGUCUGACCAUAUUGUCAUUUUAUGAUGUAGUUUACAAUAAUUUAAUAAUCAUCAUCAAUCUUCUUCAUUUUAUUAACAUUAGGAAAGUGCUUAAUUUUGAAGUCACACAAUUGUAACAUGAAUUAACAUCAAUGCAGAUUUUCAAAAUCACAAGAGACUAUUAAUGACCCAUGUUAUUUUUUUACCGUGAUCCUAUGAAGUUAUGUACCAGUCAAUACAUCAACCAAGUAUUACUUGCAUUUACAUAAUUGUAAAAUUACAAACAUACAUACCUCAAUGUGCAUAUGCUAGAAGUGAGGCCAGUCACAUUAUUCAAGCUUUUAUGUAAAUAUGUAUUAAACAUACUUCUCAAGGCAAUUAACUACAAGGUAAUUAAGUCAAUGAUAUUUCAUUGAUAUUUCAUUCUGUUUGUAAGAUGUUGUCUUACUGAGAUACCUUUGCACUGAGGUUAAAGACAAAUAACUUUGAAAAAGUAAUCCUUAUAACAGAGGUAGGUGCUCAGUGAUAUCCCAGACAUGUUAUCGUUGAUUGUGUGACUUUGCACUAGAAAUAUAAUUUCGGUUUUGGAAAUGUUUAGUAUGUGAGGUCUACAUAUAAUGAAAGUUUAAGUGUUUAAAGGUCAGAUUAUUUGUAUGAAAGACCUGCUUGGUGCCGUUUGUUGGGGCCUCAGUUCGUCAACUGUAAUCUUCCUUCAAACUAUGUAGUGGAAUCAAAACCAUGUGUUAUGUUGUUUUUCCAUUAUUUGUUUUUUGUCAUACAUUCAAUAUAUUUUACAUUCCUACCUAAAAAUUGUGCUUGAUUGAUCAUGUUGACCACAUUUCUGAUGAUUUUAUGUAUAGUUUUAUUAUUGGUACAUGUUUUUUCUCCAGGGCUCUCAUUUGGGUAAACUACACAAACUCUUGGAUCCAUUCCUGUGAUUCUCAUGAUUGCAAAUUACCCACCCCGGUCACAUUUUAUCAACCAAUCAAACGUCAAGAUAAGGAAACAGGUAUAGGAGGUAACACAUAUUGCCUAGAAACCAAAGCCACCCCCGUUUAAAUGGACUUGAAGAAACCUUUCUAUCAAAAAGAUUUUUGAGGGUCUUCAUUUGCAUGUCUGUCAGUUUUUCAAUGUUGAAUUUCUCGUAAAGUCUAUUGUAAUCAGUGGGCCUGGUCACCAUGUUGAUAUCGCAAACCCAAUAUUUAGACUGGGUUGUAACUGCAUUCUGAUUGGUCCAUUAGACUGAAUAGCGUAGCAAAUCAAAGGCGGGUAAUUUGAGAUUGCUAGAACCCAGGACUGGAUCCAGGGGUUUAGUGCAGGUUUACCAGAUAUGCGAACCCUGGAGGUAUAGGAUUUUUUCUUUAUUGUAAUAUUAUUUUAGUCCUGCCAUAUCUAUGGUAAAUCUGAACAGUGCAUGCUUUAAGUGAUGUUGACAACCCACACCAUAGGCAGGGAAACGGCAAUAUGAAUAACUGUUUCUUUCAGAUUGUGGAUACAUAGUUUAACAUAAUUGAAAAUAAGAGUGGCAGUUGAUAAUAUAGGCAAUAUGCACAUUGAAGGACUCACUGAGUUUUUGAUACUUUGAUAUCAGCAUCUGUAUGUAACUGUGUAAUUGUUUUGAGUUGGAUGUUGGAUGUUGCAUCAGCAAUGUUUCAGCAGUACAGUGGCUGCUGAUCAGAUCCAGCUAUUGUGUAAAUUCAUGGACACCUCUUAUAUUACAUUAUGAACAUAAGAGAAUGGUGUUCUUCCUACAUUGAAUACUGGCAUAUUUAGCCAUUAUCAUUUAAAAGCAGUUAGGAUUAUUUCAUAGACGAGCUAUAAGACAUAAUGUCCACAAUUUAUGAUAAGACCACACGUAAUUACCAUAAUGACUUGAGAUUUAAACUGUUUUUCAUUUCUUAUCAAGCUUUUUCAAGUUUAUUUUACAAUUGUUUUGAACAAAUCUUCUGUUGGAAUAAAAUUGUAAAAUCUUUUAUAAGAUAUUCCUCGUUGUUUGAAUGUCUGUCCCCUAGAUAGUGCUACAGAGAAGUGUAAGUAACUAGGACAAUAGGUUCCUUUACUUAGCCAAUAUUUUGAAAUACUGACCACUGUUUGUACUUUUUACGCAUGAGCAUAUAAUUACAGUGUUGUUGUAAAAUAUUCACUUUGCCUAUUCUUUAUGUGAUGACAUCAUCAGACCACCAAGAUAUGCUGUCACAUCCCUGAACACUGAAGUGCUAUGGUUAAUUAGUUGUGUGUUUUGGUAUUGAAGUGUAUAGAAUUGGGACACUAUUUAUUACCACAGAUUUCAUUUGGUUAUUACCAUUCACAGGUAUCAUGAUUAUGUUUGGUGAGUUUUUUAUGACUGAUUAUUUGUUGCCAUUUACAAAUUACAUUUUCCCACCAGCAUAACUACAGUAAGGUCAGGGUCACAAGAUACUGCUCUGCCAUAUCACAAAAAUAAUACUCUGACAUAAUAUUUGUUGUCAGUGAUAAUCAUGGGUAUAGUGUGUGAAUGAGUGAAUAGUUUUCCUACAUGUAGCAAUACUGACAGGUAGAGUCAGCCCUGGAUAUUAAAGUCUGGUAUAACAAGUCCGAUAUAACAAGUUGGCUAUAACUAAUAUAUUCAUGCAAACUGUGCCUCCUUUUCUGAGCUAUGUUGUCCCUGGCCCUGUAUUUCUGAUGCCUGGCCUAUCAGGUUAUGGGCUACUCGACCUAUAUGUGAUGAAUCCGAAUCUGACUAAGGGCAGUGAUGAACAGAGAUGUGUCAGAUGGACAUUGUUAAUGUCAGUUCGGAGUGACAUUCAGGUGAUGCACCUGGGUGUUAGUCAGAUACCUUAGGAGAGCCAAAAGAGUAACACCCAACCAUUGUUAUUAUUCAUGGGAAUUGCUGAUGGCAAAUAGUGUCCCCCACGUUGCCUCUUGAGUUGCUUAUAUCCAGAGUUGACUCCAUAUCCUGGUGGCUAUGACCCCUUGGAGAUUUAGGGCAGACUAGGUCCCCAGUACCCCCAUGCUUGUUGUAGAGGCCAACUGAUGAGGCUAUACCGGUACUCACUCACCCCAAUGUAACGUCAGGACUGGAGAAAGCAGGGGGGGUGGGGAGGGGAUCAAUAACGUUCACAGUAAGAACAUUGUGGCCCUGAAAACAAUGUACAGUCCAUACUGUAUAUCCCUUAAUUGAAUAGACUGCUCUGCACGUGGCUCCCUACUCAUCGCUGUGCAUGGACCUGUUUUUACAUAUACUGAACAAAAGUUAGGGAUCCAAAAUAUAUUUAUAUGCAGAAAUAAUUUAUUAAACAGAAACUCAGUUUUCAUUACAAAACAGUAUCCCCAAAAAUAUGGAUGAUCCCUAACUUUUUUGCUGGAGUAUAUUAGAGCGUGGGGUAUAAACCACAAGACAAGACAAGAUGCAUUCCCCGGCCAGAGCGAGUGUUUGAGGAUGAGCCUGUGCCUGCAACACUACAGUAUGUAUUAAGUUCAAUGCCCUAACAAGGGAUAGUUAAGACAUAGUCUUGCCAGGGACCCCCAUCCAAGCAGUAUAUAUAUAUAGAACUGCCUUCCAUUGUAACCGCCGACCCUAGUUGCUUUUCCAAUAUGCAGCCUCUGGGGACCUAGUAUCGCCACUUGGAAAAGGAGAACAAGAUAAGGUAAGGAUGAGUUGGGUGAGACUGGAUUAAAUGUGUUGAUUCAACAGGUGCUUUUUUUUAUUGAAUAUUAUGUGAAGAUCCCCUGAACAAUAUCAAUAGCUUUGCCUUUUGUUUCAGAUUAUUUAAAGUUUGUAAUGCUUUGUAAUCAAUUCCUGCUAAUAAGAAACACAAUUUUUAUGUGGACCAUUUAUACUUCACAUACACCCCCUUCUUGUGAGUUGUGGGUAUUCUACUUGAAUAUAACACUGUCAUGACAGAUAAUGGGGUAUUGUUAUUUGAAAUACCUUGGUUUUAUUGACUUUGUAUGUAAGGCUUUAUGAACACAUGCUUGACUUUGUGAGAAAUACAUUUUCAAUAUACAGGUUGUACAUUUCUGAUCUUUACAAACCUUGUAUAAUAUCUUUUUGUAAAUAAAUCAUACAACAAC